AUGCCGCUCGCGACAUGGGAUCGGUGGCCCCCGUGGACCUCGCUGCUGUCGCUGUACGCGCAUUUCGGGGUCUGCCACUUCCUCGCACGAGUUCUCGCCGGCCUCUGCGGCCGCUGGAGGAUGAUGAAGCGCAUGCUGCGGGAGGUGCCAGCCAUCCGCGGCACCGUGCAUCCCCUGCUCGGGGUCCUGCCGGAGUUCAUCAAAAACAGGUAUCGCCUCCACCACUGGCGGGACGAGGCGACCCGGGGCUUCCCGGUCUCGAAGAUCUUGGGGCCCGUGUGGGACCCCGCGAUCGUGUUGGUGUUCGUGCGGGACCCGGUCUGCUUGCGCCACGUGCUGAAGGACGCCUUUGACAAGUACACGAAGGCGGACACAAGGAAGAAAGACUUUCCGCUUUCGCUGCUGGCCAAAUGGAUAGGCCCGGGCAUCUUCACCACACAGCAUGGGCCGGGCGCCGCCGACAAGGGAGCCUUAUGGCUGCAUCAGCGAAAGAUCGCCGCCAGCAUUUUCACAAGGUCCAACUUCAAUGACAACAUGUGUGUGGUCUUCGCGAGCAAAGCCAAAGAACUGUGCGCGGUCCUUGAGGCUGGAAAGCCCACAGAUAUGCAGAAACAUUUCUUCAGCUUCACGAUGGACAGCAUCAUGAAGAUCUUGUUCGGCGAGGAGUCGCACACCCUCGGUGGCGAACAAAGCGUAGUCGGGACCGCAUACGACAACGCCCACAGAGCACUGCUAGGCUACAUGGAGCAAGCGCGGGCUUCGAUGUCGCUGCUGCAGUUCUUGCCGUGGCCGUUUGGUGGUGUCCAGGGCAUCGCGGCCUGGCUCAGAGGGCGCUUCAGCCCCUUGAACAGGAGUUUCGAGGCCGAUGUCGCGAUCCUCCGAGUCCACCAGCAUCAUAGACCGAUGCUACGACGACCCCGCGAAGGGGGAGCGCAAGGACCUGCUGGCGCUCACCCUGCGCGCGCUGGAGCAGGAGAAGCUGCCGAGGAGCGACGCGACGCGGGUCCUCCAUGGCAUGGUCGGUAA